ACAAACAGGUCAGCUCUGUGGUCCUUUCUUGAUUCUUCAACCAAAAAUUUCACCUUAUUAAUCUCCAUAUUACUCCUCCUUCCUUUACUCUCUCAUUUCCCCAUUCCCCAAUCCUUGUUGCCUAAACACAAAAAGCAAUUUUUUUUUUGGGCAAAAUGCUUCUUCUUAAUCACCCCUCUAUGACUUUUUCUUCUUAAACCAUCUUCUAUUUUCUCCUCAUUUCACAUUUUUCUUGGUUUUUGUGCCUCAUUUUUUCUUCUGUAGCUCCAAUAACCAAAAGGGUUUAAAGAACUCAGCUGCAUUUCUGCAAAAAAACUGUCUUUUUAAGUCAAAGCUAGCAGAAUAAUAGUAAAAAAAAGAGUGAAAAAGGGGGAAUUUUUUUCCUUUUUUGUUUUAAAGGGUAGGUGAUUCUUGAAAUCUUUUGAUAAGGGGUUUGAGAAAUUUUUACUUUAAAAAAAAUGGUAAGCAAAUGGGGGAAAGUGAAAUUGGCUCUUGGUUUGAAUCUUUGUACUUAUGUUCCUAAAAAAACACUGGAUGAAAAUGAUGAUAGUGGUAGUUCAACAGUUUCUGAAUCAGAGAGGCAUUCCGGUGCCGCCCUUAUAUCGCCGGCGACGGCUGACUGGGAUGUUGCUCCGGCGACCCCAAGGUCACAAGUGUUGAAGCUCUCCAAGAGCUUAAGUAGAUCUUCUAAGAAAACAUGCUCAAUAUGUUUGGCUUCAAUGAAGAGAGGGGAUGGCCAUGCUAUAUUCACCGCUGAAUGUUCACAUUCGUUUCACUUCCAGUGUAUUGCUUCAAACGUGAAACAUGGAAAUCAAGUUUGCCCAGUUUGCAGGGCAGAAUGGAAAGAAAUUCCUCUGCAGUUUCCCAGCCUAGAUCCUCCUAUUGGGAGGGCUAGAGUCAAUCCUGUGGACUGGCCCCAAAAUAAUGCACUAAUGACUGUAAUACGUCGUUUACCAACAACCCGCCCAACACCAAAUCGACAUAUUUCCCCUCUAUUUCAGGCUCCUGAGCCAGCCAUCUUUGAUGAUGAUGAAUCUUUGGGUCAUCAACUCAAUUCUACUGAGAAAAGUGCUUCUGAUAAGAGUUCAAUAGAUGGUUGUGAGUCUUGUGACAACAGAAAAGUAAAGAUUGAAACUUACCCUGAGGUUCCGGCAGUCUCAAGGUCCAGUGCUUCAGAUAACUUUACUGUGUUAGUCCAGCUAAAGGCUCCUGGUUCAAUCUCAGUACAAGAACCAGGCAAAAACCAGGUAAAUUUGUCUCAGGUUUCCCAAACGCCUCGUGCUCCUGUUGACCUUGUCACAGUUCUUGACAUCAGUGGAAGUAUGGCUGGCACCAAACUAGCGUUACUAAAACGAGCUAUGGGUUUUGUGAUACAGAAUCUCGGUCCCAAUGAUAGGCUGGCAGUAAUUGGCUUCUCUUCGACUGCUCGCCGCCUCUUCCCUCUUCGUAGGAUGUCUGAGACAGGACGGCAGCAAGCACUGCAAGCUGUAAACUCCCUGGUUGCAAAUGGAGGGACAAAUAUUGCUGAAGGCUUGAGAAAGGGUGCCAAGAUAAUGGAAGACCGUAAGGAAAAGAACUCUGUUACUAGUAUAAUACUGUUGUCUGAUGGUCAAGACACAUACACAGUCAGUAAUAAUUCUGGUAGUAGACAGCAGCAACCUAACUACAAGCUGCUUCUACCCUUGUCCAUUCAUGGUGGAAACAGUUCAGGGUUUAAAAUACCAGUACAUGCUUUUGGGUUUGGUGCUGAUCACGAUGCUUCGUCAAUGCAUUCGAUAUCAGAGAUUUCAGGAGGAACGUUUUCAUUUAUUGAGACAGAAGGUGUCAUACAGGAUGCUUUUGCUCAAUGCAUUGGAGGCCUUCUCAGUGUUGUAGUCAAGGAGCUUCAGGUAAGCAUCGAGUGUCUUCACCCAGGUGUCCGUCUUAGCUCUUUAAAAGCAGGAAGCUAUCCAAACCGCUUAAUGUCUGAUGGACACAUGGGAACAAUUGAUGUUGGAGAUUUAUAUGCUGAUGAAGAGAGGGAUUUUCUGGUUUCAAUCAAUAUCCCUACUGAAUCUUCAUGUGCAGAAACAUCAUUGUUAAAGGUUAAGUGUGUAUAUGUGGAUCCUUUCACGAAAGAGAAGGUUUCCAUCAGAAGCGAAGAUCUUAGGAUCAAGAGACCUGAAAAGGCUGGACAAGAGAGUGUUUUAAUUGAAGUAGACAGGCAGCAGAACAGGGUCCGAGUAGCCGAGGCAAUGGCACAGGCACGAGCUGCUGCUGAGAAAGGAGACUUAGUUGGCGCGACUUCCAUCCUAGAGAACUCCAGAAAGUUGUUGUCAGAGUCACAGUCUGCUAAAUCUCAUGACCGGCUUUGUGUUGCACUUGAUGCUGAGCUCAAGGAGAUGCAGGAGAGGAUGGCAAGCAGAAAUGUAUACGAAGCAUCAGGAAGGGCAUAUAUCUUGUCAGGGCUGAGCUCACACUCGUGGCAAAGAGCAACAGCACGAGGUGACUCCACAGGUGGAUCAAGUCUUGUCCAAGCCUAUCAAACCCCUUCCAUGGCUGAGAUGGUAACUCGAUCUCAGGCUACAUUACUGGCUAGCCCUUCAGCUCAAAGAAAUGUUCGACCAGUGUGGUCAUUUGCAUCACAACCAAAGCCUAGGUAACAGUUACAUAACCACGGAGCCUCAUAUGUUACUUAGUGUUGUCUUUCCUCUUUAUAUUACUAUUAGUUUUUGAAAGGCUGAGAAGUUUUUGAAUGUCCAUAAAUUCACGUCUAUUCUUGUAAAGGAAUAAACUUCAGCCAAUCAAAAUCGGGGAAAGGUGCUAUAUAAUUUUGGGAAAUGGAAUGUAAGGUUACAUUAGUUAGGUUCUUAUGACUUUUUUGGUCCUCUCGUUUUUUGUCAUUUGUUUUGACUUUUUGUUGUUGGGGGUGAUGUACAUAAGGAGAGAUGGCUUAUUUCUCUGGUAAAAAAGGGUAUAAGUUUGU